ACAAUCGAUGAUGUAGCGACUGCUUUGGUCUAGAAUUAAUUUCUCAGAACAUGCUGGAAACUAACCGCAUUGAAUUAAUCAUAAAUAAUUAAGACGUCCGCUAAAACAGUGCAAUUAUCUUCUAUAAUCUUCUCUGUUUGUGAUGUGGCGAUGAUGAUGUGCGAUCGGGCGGUUCUGACGGUUCGGCUGGUUCGGUCUUUCGAGCACAGAAACUUUAAACCGCUGGUUUUUAAAGAUGUGAAUUUAGAUCAGACAGUGGACGAGUUUAUCUCAUUUGUGAAGCAAGAUAUUUCAGUACGAGCUGGUUUGCCUCCACCUUUUAGAAAGUUUGACUAUGAUACACUUAAAAUUAUACACCAAGCACACAGAGCAAAGACGAAUGAGCUUGUAAUGAGUCUGGAGGAUGAUGAGAAGCUGAUUCUGCGCGAGGGCUGCAGGUUACGAGCGUGUGGUGUUGCCAAUGAGACUGAACUUGCCUUCUUUAAAAUGAUGGACUAUAUGAAGUUCAAGGCGGAUCCGCAUUCAGAAUGGUGACGAGAGACACGGGACUGAUGCUUUUUAUUUUAAUCUGCAGCGUUACUUUUUAUAUUACAGUCUGAGCAUUCAGACGCUUCCAGCAGUGUUUCCUUUGACCAGUUCUGAGAGGUUUUUAUGUUGUCAAAAAGUCUAUGAAUAAUGUUGAGUUCUGGUUAUUUUAGAUUCUUUUUUUAUUUCAGAGGUCAGAUACCAGAUAUAGUUUUUUAUUUUAUUUAAAUGACAGCUUGUCUGUCAUCUGCUGUUUUUGUUAAAUAAAGCUGAAGGUGUAAAUCGUGCUUUCGCAAAA